AUGGCUGGCAGUACCCUUUUUAUGACUCCCGAGGAGUCGGGGCGGGUACAACAGACAGUCCAAGAUGUGAGAUGCAAGCGUCUGGAACAGAUGGGUCAGCCACGAGAGCCCAAGGAUCCGACAUCAUUGAUCCAACAAGCUACGGGGACAUCUCUCAUGGAAGACAUGGCAUCUUCUUUGUUUGGGGUGGCUCAAAAGAAGAGUAGUCCCGAUACCAUGCCAGCGUACAGCGUUGGAUCGCCCUAUAUGCCCUGUACCACUGAAUUGUCUCAACUGAAGAGCAUAAAACUCAUGGACCUUCGCAUGGAGACGCACCAUCGCGGCAGUGUCCUAGCUCUCCGCCGUGUUUCUCCAGUUGUCACACUCAAGGCCUCAUCGUGGGCAGCCAUGCAAGGAGAGUCCGCCCAUGAUGUAGAGCGCCUGGAGGUUUUCUUGCACAAAUCCAAGUUUGGUCGAGAGCUCCUUGACUUGGGGUUAGUCUUCCUAGUCAAAGAGCCGUACUAUACUCUCAACAACGAAGGCGAAGCCGUGAUCCGUAUCGAUCAUCCCUCAGACCUCGUUAUUCUCACAUACAGCGAUAGCCCAGAGUCAUGGCGUAGCAGUACUGAGGGUGAUUCGGCGCCCGUUACGAGAACACCUGUAAAGUGCAAAGAGGAGGGCAAUGAGGCACUUGGAAAACAAGAUUACGCACGAGCCCACGUUCGCUACACCGAAGGCCUGGAACAGAUCUCAAAGGAUGGUCACUCCAACAGUACUCUGUGUAACGAUCUCCACCGCAACCGGUCAUACGUCAAUCUCCUUCUCCAUCGAUAUGACGAAGCAAAGGCUGACGCCCUCUCAUCUCUUACUCGCGGCGAGGGUGAAGAUGAGAAGCUCCUGGAUGCAAAGGCAUACUAUCGAGCUGGCUGUGCAGCUUACAAUCUUGGCGAGUACGAUGAAGCUAAAGGUUCUUUUGAACAGCAACUCAGCCUGGAGCCCAAUAACAAGCUAGCCAAAAUUAACUUGCGCAGAGUCAAGAUGCGGUCUGAGGAGCGCGCCACCGGAGUAUACGACUUUAGCAAGAUUGUGAGCGGACUGUCCAAAACGGAAGGACGCGCAGACACCGCGAGCUUCACCAGUAAUACAGAGAUCAAGAAGAGCCCCGGUGCAGGUCGCGGUCUGUUUGCAACUUGCAAUCUUGAACCUGGGGAGAUCAUUAUGUGCGAGAAAGCCUUUUGUGUCGUUUGGGGACAUGAGCCUGAAGCCUUUUCCGUGCUCACCUGUGAUGUGCGAGAUGAUGCCACGAUCCGAGUCUUCCCUGCUGGUUUGCACAAAGCCGUGGUGCAGAGGAUCUUAAAUAAUCCAUCGCAAUCAGAAAAAGUCCUAGAUCUUUUUAGUGAUUAUGAGGGCUUGGGCAGCAAAGUCGACAAGCAGGAUGGCAGCCCCGUGCUUGAUACCUUCCAGGUUCACGACAUUGUGCAGAGGAAUGCUUUCGGCCCUGGUCAGCAGUCCGACGGCGAGGAUGUAACUAAUGCCAGCACCGGGCUCUGGGUGCACGCAGCGUACAUCAAUCACUCCUGUGUCCCGAAUGCGAAGAAAGAUUACGUGGGCGACCUCAUGCUUCUCCGUGCCACACGCCGAAUCGCUUUGGGGGACGAGAUCACUCACUCCUAUGACGAGACCAGCGAUUACGAUACAAGGACUGCAGCAAUAAACAAAACGUGGGGCUUCAAUUGUCGGUGUGCACUUUGCCAAGCCGAGGAGGCGGAUGGCCCAGCUCUGCGCAAGCAACGUUUUGAGUUGGAAAAGCAGGCAAGCGAAUUGAUCCAAAAGGCAAGCCCAACCGAGGUGAAGAAGAUUACGGUCAACAAAGCCAAACGGCUCCAACAAUCUCUCAAAGAUACAUACAACGACAAGCGAUACAAGGGCCUUCCUCGACGUGCGCUUGGCGGGAUCGAGCAAUGGCUCCAAGCAGCCCUCACAAGAUGA